UUUAAACAAAAGUAACAGAGAUUUUGCAAAUAAAAAAUUUGAGAGGUAAGAUAGAAAGGAAAAAGAAGAGAAAAUCGUUCGAUGAUUGUGACUGUUUGCCUCUGUGUUCCGAUUUGAAUUAUAACGUAGAAACGUCGCAAAGUGAUUGGGAUUGGAAAAUGGUUUUUACUGCACUUGGAAUUGAACUUUCGGAUGACAAAUAUGUUUCGUCCCUCACUAUUUAUUUCAAGUCGAAUGAUUUUAUAACUUCAGUCAGGAAUGAGUUGUAUGGUCCUAUCGAUUUUGUCGCGAAUUUUGGGGGGCUUUUGGGGUUGUUUACAGGGUUUUCGAUUUUGUCACUUAUGGAAAUUAUUUAUUUUUUGUCUGUGAGGAUUUUAUGUAAUAAGGUUUUGUAUAGAAAAUGGGCAGGCAAAGAUUCUUAAAAUAAAGCACAUAAACACUC